AUGCCGCGCACUACUAAAUGUAUCACCGCUCCCACUUUCCCCCGCGUCUCCGCCUCGAAGCAAUGCCAGCGGUGGAACUUUGCUCGAGAGUUCUUCCGCCCAGAUGCCGUCCACUGUGGACGUCUUCUCUCUGAUCUAACUCUCUUCGGCUCUGGGGUUGUGUCUUCGCGAAUUGUGGAAUUGUCCGGCUUCGGAUACCACCUACCUCUUUCGAUAACAGCCUGUAAUAUUAUCUGCGCGCUGGUCGAUACCUGGCCCUUGCGCAACGUCUUCUAUUCCCCUUCCGCAGCACAUGGCGACGCCGCUGCUCGACGACCCCCGGUUCCCGCCUUGAAGGCGCAAGACCCUCCACAAAACGGCACCGCUGUCCCCGUCUCGAAUGUCACACCUAUACCCUCCACAACCGUCUUCCCCGCGCCAAAAGAAACAGUGACCGCUGUCCCCGUACCAAGCCACAGCGCCGCAGUCACAGUGCUAAUCGUCUACGGCGCCAACCAGGAACAUAUCGUGCAGCUGGUCGCGGAGGUACUGGGCAAGCCAUGGACGACGGAGACAUCACUGGAAACACUCGAAGGCGGUGAUGCCGUGGUUGGAAUCCUGGAGCGCGAUCUGUCGCGUAGUCUGCAGACCGCAAAGCGUAAGCGGUCUUCUCUGAUUGUUGUUAACACGUACUGUGUGGAAAACGGGUCUGCGCCUGAUGACACGCUGACUGAGCGGUGUGAUUAUGAAUUUCUCUAUUCUCGCAGUCCGUUUCUUCGUCGAGAUCUGUCGAGGUUUUUGUCUUUGAUUUUGGGGCAGACGAGACCGCAUGAUGAUCUGCGCACGAAGACACGGACGAAUUUUAUUUCGACUACUUUUCCUGAUGUGCAUGCUGCGCUGCCAAAUUUGGAUAUUUUGUCCGUUGGUUCGGAUGCUGUUGAGAUUCGUGUUGAUUUGCUUGUUGAACCUGCUGUUGGUCCUGCUGCUCCUGUUCCCAGUUUGAAGUAUGUUGGGCAGCAGUUGAUGUUGUUGCGGCAGCAUACUGAGUUACCUAUUAUUUUUACGGUCCGGUGUACACGGGAAAACGGGAAGUUUCCCAUGGAUGAUCCGGCUUUGUUCUAUAAGUAUUUGCGUCGGGCUAUUCAGUGGGGUGUUGAGUAUAUUGACGUGGAGCUUUGGCUCCCCGAGGAGAUUCGGCGACAGCUGGCUGAGAAGAAAGGGCACAGUGUUAUCUUGUCUGCGUUCCAUGACUUCUCUGGGACCUGGAAAUGGACUUCAGAAGAGGCACAGCGGAUUUUCACGGAAAGCGCCAAGUAUGCUGAUAUCGUGAAGAUGAUUGCUAUGGUGCAUACCAUCGAGGAGAAUUAUGAGCUGGAAUACUUCCGCUCGACAAUCAAGAGUCGUGGCCCAGGUCCAUUGUUGUCGGCUGUUAACAUGGGCCAAAUGGGACAACUCUCUCGAGCACUGAACACCGUCUUCUCUCCAAUCACCCAUCCUCUUCUUCCAAUGAUCGCAGCCCCGGGUCAAUUGACAGCCGCAGAGAUCAACGAAGCCCUGCACAUAAUGGGUCAACUCCCCAAACGGGACCUCUACGCCAUUGGUUCCUUCCGCUCCACUCCACACUCUAUGUUCAUGGAGAAAUGCUUGAACGAGCUGGGCCUCCCACACCAUUUCUCAUCCAUCGACCGUGGCCCGAAGGGCUCAGUAGAGUCUGUCAUUAUGCAACCACAGUUUGGUGGCGCCUACGUCAACCCUCCGGUCGCCAGCACAACAUCUUACAUUCCAGCGGUAAGCGACGCAGCCCGCGCAAUUGGCUUAGUCGACACAAUCGCCAUGACCAGCACCCCAGAACCCCUAGCAAAAUCACGCUUCAUUGGCGAAAAUGCUGCUUGGAAGGGUAUUCGCGCAACCCUGACACGCGAGUACGUCCCAUCAGCAUAUCAGAAUCGCGCAGCUAUAAUCUUAGCAGGCAGCGAAGCAGACGCUUCAGCAGCAAUCUUCGCACUGCGCAGUCUAAACGUCGGGGCAAUUUACACAGUCGGCUUCAAAGCCUCGGGCCCGCUAGCGGCCGGCCUGGAACCAUUCACAUCCAUUCAAUCGGUGAAACUAGUUGAGCAACCAUUCGUUAUUGUCUCAGCUCUACCACCGGAGAAAUCGCUUCUCGUCCAACCCCUACUUCGACAUUAUGGAGCCAAUGGCCGCUCAUCACCACCGUCAACCUGUGGAAAGGUUUACCUAGAUCUAACGAGCGGACCACGAAAGGGUGAUCCCCUCGGUGUAGCGACGGGUGCUGGCUGGACGGCAUAUGGAUUCGAGGAUGUGACCGCAUGGACGACCGUCGAAACGCUGAGGUUGCUUGUAGGCCAGAAUGUUCCUUUUGACUUUGUGCGCAUGGCGUCUGGACGACCCCUGUUUUAG